CUUGACCCCGUGUCCGGCGCCCUCUCUUUCUCCGCACACCAAACAGAAAACCCUCGUUCAGCAGCGAGGGGGGAGAGAAAUUCGAGCGGAUUCGCGAGGGCGAGACCUAGGGGAUCCGUGGAGGAGGCGGGCGGGGGGCGAUGGUGGAGGUUAUGGCUCCGGAGAGGCAGCUGGUGGUCGCCGUGGAGGGGACGGCGGCGCUGGGGCCCUACUGGCCCGCCAUUGCGGCCGAGUACGUCGAGAAGAUCGUCCGGAGUUUUUGUUCAGCUGAUCAGAAGCUUGCGGCGGUACUGCCUGAGCUCGCAUUGGUCGUCUUCCACACCCAUGGACCUUACAGCGCUUUUGUUGUGCAACGCAGUGGUUGGACAAAAGAUAUGGAUGCUUUUCUGUCAUGGUUAUCAGGAAUAUCGUUUAGUGGCGGAGGCUUCAGUGAAGCUGCUAUUUGCGAAGGUCUUUCCGAAGCGCUGAUGAUACUUCAAGGCAGUUCUAGUAACAGCCAGAAUAAUCAAAGCCAUGAAAUACAAAAGCAUUGCAUACUUGUUGCUGCGAGUAAUCCUUAUCCGCUCUCUACGCCUGUCUAUCGUCCUUACGUUCAAAGUAGUGAUCAAAAAAAGAACAAUGAAGCAUCAAAGGAAUCGUGUCUUGCUGAUGCUGAGGCUGUUGCGGCCUCAUUUGCUCAGUGCUCUGUAUCGUUGUCGGUAGUAUCUCCUAAACAGCUUCCAACCCUGAAGGCACUAUACAAUGCGGGAAAGAGGAAUCCUCAAGCUUCUGAUCCAUCGGUUGAUCAUGCAAAAAAUCCACAUUUCCUUGUUUUGUUGUCUGAGAGUUUCAUGGAGGCUCGGACCGCUCUAAGCCAUUCUUUACCGGGAAACCUGGUCCCGAACCACACCAUUACAAAAAUGGACAUUGCGCCUGCAGCUACUGUGCCAGGACCAACUUUGAAUGCCAAUUCCUCAGUGAAUGGAUCGCUAAUUGGCCGGCAACCGACUGCAAAUGUUAAAGUGGAACCAACAACUAUACCAGCAAUGGUUUCUGCACCUCCAUUUUCCCAUAUGACACCCAUUUCAAAUGUUACUUCACAAGGGGUGACAACAAUGCAAAGUUCUUCACCAUCAAUUAUUUCGCAAGAAACAAAUGUUGCAAAUGAAAUUAUGCAAGAGCAUAAGCCUUUAAUAAACCCUAUUCAGCAACAAGUUCGGCCUGGUGGCCCAGCAAAUGGCAGCAUCUUAAACACUCUGUCACAGCAUCGGAAUUCUUUACCAGGAGUUACCUCAAUGGGAACUAACAUGGGUGCAACACCUAUACAAGUGCACAUGGCAAACAUGAUAUCUAGUGGCAUGACAUCAACUCCUCCUGUCAUAUCUUCUAUGUCUGGAACAGUACAACCAAUCGGUGCUCAACUCGGUUCUUUUGGAUCAAACACUUCUACUGUAUCUGGCAUUUCAAAUGUUGCUGUAUCAUCUUCUUUGGCUAACAUGCAAAACAACAUGCCUCCUAUGGCACAAGGUGGUUUGAUGACUGGUUCUCAUGGUGCACAAUCAGGACAAAGUGGAAUUGGUACGAACCAAAAUAUAGUAAGUAGUAUGUCUUCUACGCCUGCAAUGAUGCCAACACCAGGGAUGGCCCAACAGGCAGGAGUGAAUUCUCUUAGUGUGAACAACAAUUCUGCUAUGAAUAUGCCUAUGCCGCAGAAUCCUAAUGGGCAGCAACCGUCCAAGUAUGUCAAAAUUUGGGAGGGAACUUUGUCUGGGCAAAGGCAAGGACAACCUGUAUUUAUUUGUAAACUUGAAGGUUACAGGAGUGGGACAGCGUCCGACACACUUGCAUCAGACUGGCCAGAAACAAUGCAGAUCGUGCGCCUUAUAGCCCAGGAGCAUAUGAACAACAAGCAGUAUGUUGGCAAGGCAGACUUUCUAGUAUUCCGGACGUUAAAUCAGCAUGGGUUCCUUGGACAACUACAAGAGAAGAAACUGUGUGCGGUGAUUCAGCUACCUUCACAAACUUUACUGCUGUCAGUGUCUGAUAAAGCUGGGCGCCUCAUUGGAAUGCUGUUCCCAGGGGAUAUGGUGGUAUUCAAACCACAGGUCUCUACUCAGCAGCCACCGAUGCAGCAGCAGCAGCAGCAGCUACAACAGCAGCAGCACCAGCUACAACAACUGCAGCAUCAGCAACUACAACAGCAGCACAUGCAAAUGCAGCCGCAAGGCCAACAAAUUCAGCAGCAGCAGAUGCAGCAGUUGCAACAGCAGCAGAUGCAGCAGAUGCAGCAGCAGCAGCAGCAGCAACAACAACAGCUGCAGCAGCAUCAAAUUCAACAGCAGCAACAGCUGCAGCAGCAACAAAUGCAGCAAAUGCAGCAGCAGCAGCAACAGCAGCCUCAACAACUCCAGCAGCAGCAGCAGCAGCCUCAACAACUGCAGCAGCAGCAGCAACUCCAACAGCAGCCUCAGAUGGUGGGCACAGGGAUGGGGCAGCAGCAGUUCAUGCAAGGGCAUGGUCGGGCAGUGCAGCAGAUGAUGCAAGGAAAGAUCGCGCCGCAGGGCCCUGGCAACAUGUCUGGGGGAGGCUACCUAUCUUGAAAUAUCUCAUGCUAUCAGAAUAUUGUCUAAGCCAACUCUCAAGUCUCACCCUGCAGGUCGAUGCGGCUCUGGGUGUUACCGGUCUGUCAUACAAAGACUGAUCACCGAACUCCUCUUUAGUUUCGCAGACCCAACUAUUGUGUGGUGGUUUUAUCUUUAUGUAAAGAGUCAUGUAGGGCGUUUGCUUACUGCUGAUGUCUAGCCUGUAGCUGAUGUAUGUGAUGAUGAUCAUGAUGUUGGGGGCAUUGCGGCUGUGUGAACUUAUUAUCUUCUGUGCACUUGUGCUUCGAUGCCAGUAUUUAUAACCGGUACAUUGUUUA